UAUUCCCAAUGGAAAAUCUCAAAUUUGGUGAAGGUUUUCCGCUUUCCACUAUGUGAGGAUGUUCGUUUCGUGGAGCUCAAAACCCUAACCAAAACCCUUCCUUCAAUCUCUUCAUUCUAAUCCCAAAAUGUCCAAAAUUUCCUCCACAUUUCUUCUUCAUUUCAUCCAAAAACGUUUUCUCAACACCAUUUCUACUUCUACAUUGCCUUUACCCUCUGUUUCUACCAUCCAAUUCCUCCAAAAUUCAUGUGGCCUUUCUUCAGGAUCUCCUACCUCUGGCGGUCGAAAGCUCCAAUUCGAUGAACAAAACAUCCAGAAGUACGGAGCCGUUAUCGGUUUCUUGAAAUCACAUGCAUUCGAGAAUCCACAGAUCGCCAACUUGGUCUCGAGGCGACCUUCGCUCCUUCAAUCCAAAGUAUCCACCAAUCUGAAGCCAAAAUUUGAGUUCCUCCAGGAAAUCGGGUUCGUCGGUCCUUUACUUCCUAAGCUAAUUCUAGCAAACCCUUCAAUUCUUCUCUGGAGCUUAGAUUCUCAUUUGAAACCAUCAUUUCGUCUCUUAAAGGAAAUGGUUGAAUCUGAUGAACAAGUAACUGCUGCUAUUUUUCGUUCUUCGUGGCUUCCAACUUUUAAUUUCAAGAGUAUUGUAAAACCUAAUUUUGAUGUUUUGGUCAGUGAAGGAGUACCUUCUAGGAAUUUAGCGAAGUUGAUCCAAGUGCAGCCUAGAGUUAUUACGCAAAAGGUUGAUAGAUUGAUUCAAGUUGUGCAAACGGUUAAAGAAUUGGGCAUUGAACCAAAGGCUCGUUUGUUUAUUCGUGCACUUAGAGUAAUGAGUUCAUUGAGUGAUUCAACUUGGAAGAAGAAAAUAAAUGUUAUGAAGAGUUUAGGAUGGUCUGAGAAGGAGAUUCUUACAGCAUUUAAGAAAGAACCAAAAUAUUUAGGUUGUUCAGAGGAGAAAAUGAGGGAUGUUGCAGAUUUCUGUCUCAACACUGCAAAGUUGGAUCCAGAAACUGUACUUUCUUACCCUGCGUUGUUCAUGAGUGCACUGGACAAGCUCCGACCGAGGUACAAAGUUAUUGAGGUUUUGAAGGUGAAAAAUCUUCUUAAGAACAAAAAGAUUGCUUGGUUGCUUUUAGAAAGGGAGAGAGAAUUUGUGGAGAAAUACAUAGUUAAGCAUUUGGAUGAAAUCCCAAAUCUGAUGGACAUAUACAGAGGCAAUGUGGAAGCAGAAGCUGAAACCAAAAGUGUUGUAUAGGAUUGGAAAGUUGUAAGUUAACAAUCUUCAUCAUCAUCUUCUUCCAACUUGAGGCUCUUACAUAAUUCUUUCAACUUUUCUAAGUUUGUGUGUACUAAUUUUGUAUCUAAUGAUCUUGAAAUGGACGUGGUUUUUCUCAAUUACAUGAUACAUUAUUCCAAAUAAC